AUGCAAUCAGUUUCUAAGGAAAACAAAAACUUCAGAUUUAUUCUUACCGUUAUUGAUACAUUUUCGAAAUACGCUUCGGCUUUUCCAAUUAAGACUAAAAGUAAAGAGGACGUAUGCUAUAACUUUAUGAAGCUCCUAAUAACACGUGUACACAAAAAUCUGCAAACCGACAAUGGAACAGAAUUUUAUAACGAUACGUUUAAAAAAAUUAUAAAUUCUUAUAAUAUUAAUCAUUACUCAACCUUUUCAACAAAGAAGGCUUUAUUCGAACUUUCUAAAUUGUAUAAAGCAUUUAAAUUACAGGGUAGUUAUAACUGGAUAGGCGAUACUCUUAAUAAUGUUAUUUACGAAUACAAUCACACUUAUCAUCGAACUAUUGGUGAAAUUCCAGCCAAUGUUAAUAAUAAAAGUAAAAAACGAAUACUACAAAGAUACCUUAGAUUCGUAAAGAAUGAUAAUGUAAAACGUUUAUCUUCUAGUGAAAACAGUUGGAUCGAUAAGUCAAAUAUAUUAUAA